AUGCCGGUGAGAGUCGUGGAGAGCAACACGCCUGCUCAAGUGUCAGGAGCUGAUCUUGGGAAUCGAUCACCACUUCCGCCUAGUUCACUUCUUGGCGCCGGCCAGGCAUUUUCUGGUACGCAAAAUGUCUCUAAUCAACAGAAGGAGGAAGCUUGGAGAGUUAACGUCCAGAUACAGGGAAUUGAUCUUGAACAUGGCUAUCUUUGUGGCACUAUGGAAGCUCUAAACGUUCCCAUGGCAGAUACUCCUGUCAUAACAUUCUGGGAAGGGGAAAUUGUUGAUGGAAAGAAUUAUACUUUUUAUACCGGCAAAUGGGAAGCCACGAGGGAAGAUGACAUGAGACAUUGGUCAAAGUUCCCGUCUUUUUCGCCUCUUCAGGGACAAGUUGAAUCUGAUGGUGGCAGGCAAUUGGAUCUUAGCAAUUACCCUUAUAUAUUUAUGAGAUGGAAAGAGCAAUACUUUGUAAAUGUUGGUACAGAUUGUGGAUUAACAAUAGCUGGAUUUUACUACGUAUGCUUCUCUUGCAGCGACGGAUCCAUCAGCGGUUUCUAUUAUGAUCCAAACAGCAGUCCGUUUCAGAAGCUGGAGCUGAAAACAGUUAACGAAGGAAGAUCUGGUUUCAGCUUUUCUUCUUACGAGUUGCAAUGA